GGGGAAGAGAGAGUAGGUCUUAGGUGUGGGGCUCAGUUAUUUCUGCCGUCUCUCUAUUUAUUGGCAUUGAUUUUGGGGCAAAUUGUCUUGUUUCCACUUGCCACUUUGCCAAUAACCAGAGAGUGGUUUUCUCCUGUCAUACUACCAAUGGGAAGAGCACCUUGUUGUGAGAAAGUGGGUCUCAAAAGAGGCAGAUGGACUGCAGAAGAAGAUGAAAUUCUCACUAAAUAUAUUCAAACUAACGGCGAAGGCUCUUGGAGAUCAUUACCCAAAAAUGCUGGCUUACUUAGAUGUGGAAAGAGUUGCCGACUGAGAUGGAUUAAUUACUUGAGGUCUGAUUUGAGGAGAGGUAACAUAACUUCUGAAGAGGAAGACAUAAUCAUCAAGUUGCAUGCAACUUUGGGUAACAGAUGGUCUCUAAUAGCGGGACAUUUACCAGGUAGAACAGACAAUGAGAUUAAAAACUACUGGAACUCUCAUCUAAGCAGAAAAGUUGAAAGCUUAAGGAUUCCAAGCGACGAAAAGCUGCCUCAAGCUGUAGUUGAUUUGGCUAAUAAAGGAACUUUGAACCCUAUCAAAUGUAGAGUUGGCACAACAAGCCGACCCACAAUAAAGAAAAACAGAACUUUAAAAAAGUCUGCUUCAAGUUUGUCAGAGCCUAAGAAGCCUAAAGAAAGUAGUGAACCUUUUAGUUCAAUAGUUCCUAUGCCCUCAACUCCAAACAUGGAAAAAGAGGCCUUAUCUAGCUCUAUUAGCUCAUGGCUAGACGGAAAUGCCAUGGAUUCCAUGCAAGAAGAGGUAGCAAACGUAGCUGCGCCAAAUCCUUGGUCAGGGUCUAGAGUGGUCCAGAGCAACCUUAGUUCAGAUAAUGGGAUGGAAUGGCUUGACGAAAUUAUGCCAAUGGUCAUGGACGAUCAAGAUAUGGACCCAAAUGAAUUCAUUUUGACUUGUUUAGACAACGGGCAAGGAGAAUGCCCAGAAAAAGUAACCAACGAGGCAGAAAGUAACUGCGGGACCACGAACAGAAUCAAUGAACAUAACGACAAAGAUCACGAUAAUAAAAUGGUAUCAAGUGAAGAUACACAACUGGAGAGUAGUCCAGCGAGUAAAGCUGUAUCAUUAAAUAGUCUGAAAGAUGUACAAGAGAAUAGCAACGAAACGAAAUUAUUUAUGGAAGAUAGUACAGUUGAAUGGGAUUGGCAAGAGAUAGCUGAAGACAGUAGAGAAGUAUGGUCAUGGGAAGAAACAGGGCAAGACAUUAAUCACAGUUGGCCGCUGUGGGAUAAUACUGACACUGAGUUACUUCAAAAUUGCACGAAUGAAAUAACGGUGGAAAUGGAUUCCGUGCUGCACAGUGAAAACCAAAACCAUAGUGCCCUUGUCGCUUGGCUUUUGUCUUAGCUGCUUCUGAUUUGAUGCGAAAUGGCACUGCUUUUCAUCAGUUUGUAACUAGGAUAGACGUCCGAAAUUUGAGAGCACUCUGCAGCAUAGAACAUGACUGUCUUUUGGAUUUGUGUAGCAUAUUUUUACUGUGGAAUGCCCAGUUAUGUACAUAUUUUAAGUUUCGUG